AUGUCUGUCGUCUCGCUACUUGGGGUCAAAAUCCUCAACAACCCAGCCGCCUUCACGGCCUCUUACCAAUUUGAAAUCACCUUCGAGUGCCUGGAACAGUUGCAAAAGGAUCUCGAGUGGAAACUGACUUAUGUCGGAUCCGCCACUUCCUCGGAGUAUGACCAGGAACUCGACUCCCUCCUGGUUGGCCCUAUCCCCGUUGGCGUGAAUAAAUUCAUCUUCGAGGCCGAGGCGCCUGAUCUGCAGCGCAUUCCAUCCUCGGAGAUCCUGGGUGUUACUGUCAUCCUCCUGACCUGCAGCUACGACGGCCGAGAGUUCGUUCGUGUGGGUUACUAUGUCAACAAUGAGUACGACUCUGAGGAGCUGGCUGCAGAGCCCCCUGCGAAGCCUGUGAUCGAGCGGAUUCGUCGCAAUGUUCUCGCUGAGAAGCCCCGUGUGACUCGCUUCGCCAUCAAAUGGGAUUCCGAGGAGUCUGCGCCCGCUGAGUACCCGCCCGACCAGCCGGAGGCCGACAACCUGGAUGACGACAGCAAUGCCUAUGGUGCUGAAGAGCGCGAGCUGGAGGCCGCCCUUGUCAAGGAGCUCGAGGAUGCCAACAAGCAGGGCGAAGGCGAGGGUGAGGACCAAGAAAUGGAGGGUGGCGACAACACUGCCGGCAACGAGGAGGAUGAUGUCUCCGACGCCGGCAGCGAGGACCUCGAGGAGGAAAGCGAUGAUGAUGAUGACGACUUGGACGAGGACGAGGCCGGCGAGGGCGAUGAGGAUGUCGAGAUGGGUGACGACUCCGAGCAGAAGGACGAGUCUGGCAAGCCUGCCCACCAGGCUCAGCCCGAGGUCAUGGUGCAUUAA